UGAUUUGAUUGAUAAAUUCAUUAUGAAUAAUGUUGAAACAUACAUUUACAACCACAACAACAACAACGACAACACCCUCAGCAACAUCAGCAACAUCACAAGGCGGUGGAGGAUCGAUUCCCACAGUGGGUGUGGGUGGUGGUGGUCCACCACCAUUAUCAAUAUCAUCCUCACAUACAUCACAUUCACAGCAAAAUGUUGGUCCACCAAAUCUAAUUGGAAACGGUUUAUUGUUAACACGCCAACAGCAACAGCAUCUGUUAUCAACAGAUGAAAUCAUGGAGAAUGUAUUAGUUGGAGCACGUAAUGAUUUUAAUACGUCACAGACAUCAACGACAGCACGUUAUGGACAAUCACAACGUAAUCUACAAUCGGCACGUAAUCAGCAACAUGUUCAGCAACCGUUAAAUAUAUCAACCAUUUUAAAUACAUCGAAACAUUCGUUAGGAGGAAGUAGCAGUAUCAGCCCAGUGCAUCCAUCAUCAUAUAAAAAUGGUGGCCUAAACAUUUCAAGACAAUCACGUGUUAGUGGUAUUACAAGCGGUGUUGGUGGUGGACUCCGAGGGGACUCAGUACAUUUAUCAAAUCAUCAUCAUCAUAAUCAAUCAACAAAAUACCAAACAGUUUUUGAUCGUCCAGUGAAUAUAAGUAAACAAUCAUUACCAUCACCACACCCAUCAGCUGUAUCCCCACCAAUACCCCCACCACCGCUAAAAUCAACAACAUUAGCAACAACAACAAUGAACAAUACACAAACAAAUCAUAAUAAUUUAAAAAAUGAUUUAGGUAUUAAAGAAAUGUUAAUAUCGUUAGGUUUACUAUGUUUAAUUAGUUUACUAUUAGCUUUAUUAUCGUUAAUAUUUUUAUUGAAAAUAUCACCAGUGACGGCAGCGGAUAUACGUGAAAUAUUACGUGCUGAACAAUUAACAUUAAUUACGGCCGAAGAAUAUGUGGUGGUGUAUGAAGUGACAUUGGCAUUGUGUGCGUUAACGCUCUCGUUAAACUUGUGUUGUUUAUUAGUUUGUGCAAUACAAUUUUUAUUUACUGUGAAAUUAGUGAAAUCGGCAUCGAAUUCUGCGGUAUCAGCAUCUCAUCUUAAUUAUAGGACAAAUAAAUAUUUACAAAAAUCAUCAAUAAGUCGAGUUUGUGCAGUUGCUGGAUUUUUUAUAUCAAUACCAGUAUUUUUAACAGGUAUAAUCUUGUACACAUUCAUUCAAUUCCAUUCAACGCCAGCAAUCGUGACAAGCGGUUUCAUUGGUUUAGGUAUUGUCUUCUGCGGUUGUGCAAUGGUCCAUAACGUGUUCAUAUGGCAACGUGAAAAAACCAAUGCAUGCAAGUUACGUGCACAAAUCUUACGUGAACAAUCACGUGAGCUACGUGAACAAUAUGACAAUUCAUUCAUCUUACAACAAUCACAACAUAAUCAAACAAAUGCUAUUGCAUCAUCGACCCAAAUCUUUAAUGGAACAUCCCAAAAUAUUAGUAUUACAAAUCCAAAUUUAUUGAAUGCUUCGUCAAUAGCCAAUAACAAUAAUAAUGAUCAUUAUAACAAUAAUAGUGUGUUGAUAAAUAGUUCACACUUGUCAACAUUGGGAGGCACUGGGGGUGGAAUGCUUGCGUCACCGUCCUUAAUGAAUAAUGGUGGUUUGACAAGUAGUAAUAGUGUUAUUGGUAAAUUAACAGUGGCUGUUGGCGGUGCUGCAGCUGGAGUGGGGGGAGGUUUGGGUGAACGGGGUACAACGGGGGGUGGUGUUGGACAUUAUAAUAAUAUACAUCGACGAGAUGCGAGUAGUUGUAGUAUCAGUCCAAAUGGGGGUUUAAAUAAUAAUACAAGUGGGAUUUCACCGCAUGAGCUAUCGACACUAGUUUAAAAUAAUUGUA